AUGCAUUCACGACUGCUAUUGGAUCAACAGCAGCAGCAGCAUUUACAACAACAAUUGCAGCAUUUGAAUACCACGCCGAAUUUUCAGCAUCAUUUUUUGGAAAAGUGUCGUUGUGCGUCCCGAACACAAUUUGAUUGUAUACAGGGUCAUACUCAUCAUUUUCCGACAGGACAGCAGUAUCAUCAUCAGCAACAGCAUCAUCACCACCACUCUUCUACAACACGACAAAGCCACCACAAUCAAUUAUUAACGCCGGCAUAUCAAUAUUCAAAUUCGUACUAUCAUCAUUCACCACCAUCACAACAACAACAACAACACCAACAACAUUUACGACAGCAAUAUUGUCCAGCAAAUCAAUUGCAGCAUACAAGACAGCAACAACAACAAAAUCCAACAGCAACAACAACGCAACAAUAUUUGCAUUCGCAUACACGAAGACUGCAUCACACUUCGGCAGUAACCUCUCUCUCUCAGCAGCAGCAUCAGCAACAACACACAUCAACUCAAACAUAUUUUAAGCAACAACAGCACCAUACCAUAGUCCAGCAUUUGUAUCAACAGCAACAACAACAAAAUCAAUAUCAUCAUCGCCACCAUUCAACUCCCCAGCAUCCACCUGCCCACCAUCCUGCUCACAACCAUCCUCUAUCUCUUCAUCUAACUCCCCAUCCUCCUCCCCCUUGUGCACGUCAACCAUCUUCCUCCUCCUGCGCCACCCUCGUUGCCAACGUUCCCGCAAAUUGUUGUACAUCCAUAGCAGCCACUGCAGCAGCAGCUGCAACAUCAUCUCUAUCACCGGCAAACAGUUGUUCCUCACCUGCAACGAUAGCAACACCACCAACACCAUCGCCACUACCUCUACCUCCACCAAAUCCAUCUGCAACAAUGUAUCGGCGUCACAACAAUCUAUCCUAUUGUGGUGUAAGUCAAGAGCCGGGACAAAAUUAUCAAGUUCAAUAUGUGGAUACCGAAUUAUAUCACAGUAAUUCCAGUCAAUCACAAAUGACAUAUCCAUUUUGUCCCAUCGGAGAUUAUCAACCACCAAAUGGACAAUCGUACUACACAACUACCCACACAGCCAAUUAUUCCACAGCAGUUCCAUUAAAUGCCCCAGCAGUACCACAUCAUUCAACGUUGCCGUAUAUUGUGCCGACGGAAGAAACGUUGCUAUUGAAUGCCUCAUCACAGACGCACAGUCGUGAUUCGCCACACAGUCUAACAGAAGUUCCAUUUAUACCGGAUACUCAUAGUAGCUCACAAACGCCCACUUCGACCACUGCCAAUUCGGUGAAUGUGGGCAGUAUUGGUGCAAAUGGCGGUGGCGGCGGUGCUGGCACUGGUGGAGGCAGCAGUGGUGGCAGUGAUGUCUCACCUGACAAUGAGCAUGGCUUAAUGGGAAAUACCAAUAAAAUUGCUUCGGCAACGAUCAAAUGGUUAUCGAGAAAUUACGAAACAGCUGAGGGUGUAAGUCUACCCCGAUCCACUCUCUACAAUCAUUAUAUACAGCAUUGUAACGAAAGUAAAAUCGAACCGGUGAAUGCAGCGAGUUUUGGCAAAUUAAUACGAUCGGUAUUUUCCGGUCUGCGAACGAGGCGUUUGGGUACCAGAGGAAAUUCUAAAUAUCAUUAUUAUGGUAUCCGAAUUAAACCCGAAUCGAUAUUAAAUCAUAUGAUGGAUGAAAAACCGAAUACAUUUCAAACACAUCACCCCCACGCCCACCAUCAUCAACAUCAUCCGCAUUUGAAUCCGGCCAAUUUGACAUCGGAUCAAGCAACCAAUAAUAAUGCGGGGAAUAGUGGUGGAGGUCUCCAUCACAGUAGAGGGGGAAAGAAAACGCACACCUUUAAAUCGGAGACACAUGAGGCCUGUGGACAUUUCUUGGGCAAUGGUUCCGGAGCCAUACCACCCUUUCCACCCAUUGAAUUGGACAAUACCUUUGACAGUGAAUUAACACCGGACGAUGUGGAAACCUUUCGCUCCAUGUAUCGAGAACAUUGUGAAAAUUUCCUAGAUGCGGUACUCAAUUUAGAUUUCAAUACCAUUGAAUUUUUGUGGCGUGAUUUUUGGCGUGAAAAUGCCCAAGGUGACGAAUGUCACGAGGAAGAUAAGUAUUUAAGUAAAACGAAGCUGUAUCUCCUAUGCCACUGUGCAGGUGUUCAGAAAUUUGUGAGAGAGGUCGAUUAUCAAUUCUAUCAGAAUAUGGUUGAUGUCAUAAUACCGGAUGUGUUGCGUUCCAUACCCAAUUCUUUGACUCAGGCCAUACGUAACUUUGCGAAAAAUAUGGAAAUUUGGCUAUGCGAAUCAAUGAUUGGUGUUCCGGAACGUAUGGUCCAAAUUAAAUCAUCGGCGGUAUCGGCAUUUUGCCAAACCCUCAGGCGUUAUACAUCGCUCAAUCAUUUGGCCCAGGCAGCCAGAGCGGUGUUGCAAAAUAAUUCCCAGAUCACUCAGAUGUUGAAUGAUUUAAAUCGGGUGGAUUUUCAUAAUGUUCAGGAACAAGCCGCCUGGGUAUGCCAGUGUGAUCCUUCAUUGGUGCAACGUCUCGAAAAUGAUUUCAAAACCACACUACAGCAACAAUGUUCCCUGGAACAAUGGGCAGCAUGGCUGCAAGUGGUUGUUGACUCAGUACUGCAGGAACAUUUUGGUAAACCUAGCUAUGCCAAAGCGGCACGACAAUUUCUAUUAAAAUGGAGUUUUUAUAGUUCAAUGAUAAUACGUGACUUAACAUUGAGAUCUGCAUCGAGUUUUGGUAGUUUCCAUCUGAUACGCCUACUCUACGAUGAGUAUAUGUUCUAUUUGAUCGAACACAAGGUAGCGGAGGCUCAUCAAAAAACCGCCAUUGCAGUGAUAUGUGAUUUAAAGCAAAAAGAUGUUGAAUUUGAUUUUGGUUAUCAAUUGGAAUUUAUUACCUCGGAUUCAAUGUCAUCUGAACGUGGCGCAACCAAACGUUUGAAACAUGAAUGAGUUAUGU